GCCUGAGGGAGGAGCCCAAUAUAAACCAAACAAGCCUCCACAGUCCACACCCUGCAGUGUAGGGAAGUUUCUCUGCAUUCUUGCCAUACUGCACAUACGAAGAGACCAAGAAAUCUGCGAGGGCUCUGAGCUGAGAGGAGGGGGUGUGGUGUGUUGUAGUUUGGUGGGCCUCUUGGCGGCCUGCUGGAGGACUGGAGACCACACACUCAUCAUCAUCCAGACCCUACCAGUGCCAUCAUGAGUAAGGCAGGAUUUGACGAAGGUGUGGUAAUUGCCUCCGAAGAGCGCCCUGAGAAGUUACAGAGUGACAAGGCCCCGGGUAUUGCGACAACGGGGCCAGGAUGGACAAAGGUUAGCUGCCCUUGCUGUGUUUCAGAGUGGGUUGAGCCACUGGUUCUGGUGAAACUUGGCGAGAACGUCCGACCUGAGACCAAAAGGUGGCUCAUCAAACUGAUUGGAACGCCACAAAAAGAUGGAGGUGCAGCAUUGCUGGCCCACCCAGGUGAAGAUGCCACUGGUGACAUCAUCAUGGUCUCCGCCCCACGGUGCACAUUGCUACAGGCUACCGAGGAGUUGGGUCUCUGUAAGACGUUUAAGAACGGUGAAAUGGAGACGUUCUCAUACGACAGCAGAGAGAACUUUAGACACUCAGACAACAUGGAGAUGUUCCUGACGGUGGCCGAGAAACAGUACAUUGUCAAGUAUGAGUUGGAGGGUCUGCGUGCACGGAGGGAUGUGAGGAUACCUGGUCUGGCUGACAAAUACGCCCUACAGCACCGAGACAACAUCUGGCAUAAGAUGAUCUCCACUGGCGUGGUUGUGGACACGUUUCCUCUUCAUAACAAGGCAAAACUGAAAGAGCUCAGUAAAUCUUGGUACUCUGGGAACCAGUUGUCACAACCAUUGGAUUCAGUCAAUGCAUAUUUUGGAAGCACAGUGGGAUUCUACUUCAGCUUCCUCGAUUUCUACACUUGGUCUCUGUUGCCACCGGCUAUUCUGGGCCUUUUCAUUACCUACUUUUCCAGUGAGGUGCAGAAGGAAGCGGUGGAGGCGGUGGCCGGCUCACAGGCCGAGAUCCACGAGGAGGACGCCGGACUCGGCGUCAGUGGUCACAUGAUCCAAGCUGUGUUCAGUAUGCUCUGGUCCACCGUGUUCAUGGAACUGUGGAAGCGUCGUAGCGCCUCCAAUUCCUACCGCUGGGGGACCCUUCACCUCUCUGAGCGCUUUGCGGAACCUCGACCUGGUUUCCACGGCGAUCUUGGGAUGAACACUGUCACCGGUCGUAUGGAGCCACUGUUUCCCGAAUGGCAGAGGGAUCUGCGGAUGGCUCUGGUCUCCGUCCCGGUGGUCGGACUGUUUCUGGGAAUGGUGCUCCUGGGUAUGCUGUGUUUUUACUGGGCGGAGAACCAAGUGAUGUGGAUCCACGAGGAAUGGGACUCGGUGGUGUCUCAGACGUUACUCUACGCACCCUCUGUGCUUCACAUCGUCUACACAAAUGUGCUGGCUACUGGUUACAAAAGAGUGGCCCAGUCUUUGACUGAAUUUGAGAACCACAGAGAAGAAUCUGCCUUCCAGAACCACCUGACAGCUAAAGUGUUGGUGUUCACAUUCUUCAACUACUUUGCAGUCCUCUUCCACAUUGCAUUUGUCAAGCAGGAUGUGUCGUUGCUUCGCAAGCGCCUGGCGUCUUUGCUGAUCGUGACUCAGUUGGUGAACCAAGUGACAGAAGUGGUGAUCCCCUUCCUUGUGGAUCGCUUCGUUAGUGCCCCCCACAGGUCGGAGAGCGAAGAUGACCCAGAGGAGGACAAAUUUAGGAAUCAAAUCACGCUGCCAGUGUUCCCCGGCCUCUUUGCAGAGUACAUUGAGCUCCUGGUGCAGUUUGGCUAUCUGAGUCUUUUCUCGUGCGUGUACCCUCUGACGGCCGUGCUGCUGCUCAUCAACAACGUAACGGAGAUCCGCUCCGACGCCUACAAGAUCUGCAAGCUCUUCCGAAAGCCGUUCUCUGCCCCCGUGGCCAAUAUGGGUGUAUGGCAGAUUGCGUUUGAGAUCCUGAGUUUCGUCGCGGUGGUGUCGAACUGCUGGCUGCUAACACUGUCACCGCAGUUGCAAAGGAUGCAGCACGAGGGACAGAUGAGCAACAGCGACAUCAUGCUGAUGGCCAUUUUGGCUGAGCAUGUUCUCAUCAUAGUUAAGGUGACUGUGGCAGCCCUGAUUCCAGAUGAGCCAGACUGGAUAAAAAAGAAGAAAGCCCGCAUGCAGUAUACAUCCAUGCAGGCGUUACGACAGAAGAACCUGCCUUCUGAUGAGUCCUGAAUUUGUUUCAAAAAGUGAGGCACUGGACCCAAAAAGAACAAUCUUUGAGCUUCAGUUGUGUUGCUGUGCCCGUAUACGUACUCAUCGUAUGUACUUUUAAAGGUGCCAUUUUACACUUUGGAGACAAAUCACAACCUCUUUAUUUGAUUAAUUUAAAGAAAAAAAAACGAAUUUUAUUUGAAAUUCACAACAGUAAAAUGUCUUGAAAACGCUUUUCAAUGUGGUUUUAAAAAAUCCUUCAGACUUUUGUAGUCAUGAGUUAAAUAAACUCAAAUUCAAAAUAAAAGCGAAAAAGGUCACUGAAGCACAGAAAGAGGAAUUUUGAAAUGUUAAAAAAACAAAGUUGGAGCCCAUGUUUGUUGAGAAUAAAACAUUAAUGGUGAGACACGGUUUCCUUAUAACAUUGACAUACAGAUACAAUAUAUGUUUUAAACAACAAUCCUCUCUUCCAUGAAACGUGUGCCUUUUAGAAAAUGAAUAUUAGAAGCAUUAUAUUAAAUUUAUAUUGUUUUUUAAAAAGUGUUCCUGAUCCUUUAUUAAGAAAAGGCUGUCUGGUAAUCUUUCUCCCCGUGUUGGUUGGUAGCUUUGACUCCAAGGUUCCAAAUGGCAGCUUUAAUUCCACCAAGCUUCUUGGCUUGCUAUUACCACACAUGGUGCUUCGACAAUAUACACGCUCUGAGUUGCACUUUUUUAUCACACGUACACUGAAAGUGCAAUUCAAACGUUUAGAAUGUUCAAUAUUUGUUGCAAAAAUUCCUGCAAACUGAAUGUAUAUAUUGUUUGUUGUACAAGAGUUGCUUUCAAAGAAACUUACAGUUCAAGAGUUUGAGUGGGUUGGUUAAAGGGGAGUCAGGAAGAGACAAAAAUAUUUAUUAUUAUGCUGACACUGUAUUCUUGACAAGAUCUUAGUUUGGUGUCCUGUUCAAGGCUAUCGAUAAGCUACAGUGAUUGACAAUAGGUAAAUAUCAAAGUGAAGAGGAAGCAGUUUACUUAAUAGCUGCUCAGUGCUCUCUUUACUGCAAUCUAAAUUUUGAUUUAGGAAAGUAUAGCACAGGACUUCUUUGGUAACAAGGAUAACAGAAUGUGGUUUCUGUGUUUCGGUACUGAUGUUUAUCUCGCCCCCUUAAAAAAUAAAAAUGUAAUGAAUUUAGGAACUGCUAAAAUGUCCCCAAAUAUUACAAAAGUCAAUCCUGAUGUUGCCAAUAAAAGUAAUAUUGUGUACCGUGUCACGUAAAAGCAAACAAAAAAUGCUGAGUUUGAUUGUUAGCUGUUGAGUGCAAUGAGAAAAAACCACGACCACUUGAGCUCUGCUAUUGUGUUUUUUUUUUUUCUUUUUUUGUGUGUGUGUAAAAUGUGGAGUCACAUUUAUAUUUUGUAUUGUGUCACUAAUGACUGCUUGAUUUGGCAGUAUUACCACUAAUUUGCCUUCUGGCACAUUGUGCUAUUCAUUCACUCUCCAAUGUUGACAGAUACAUGACCUGUAUGUGGUCAAUCACACUUGGGAGGUUUAUUCUUUCAACACAUUGGCUUAUGGCGCCUCGUUGUUUACAAUAUAAAGUUGGUCGACCUCCACCUCCCAGUGGGCAUCAACUAUAUUAAAGGUUCUGCAUGUGUUAACUUGAGAUGACAAUGAACAUAUAUAUAUCACAAUAAAGACAGAAAUAAG